AUGGCGGGCUCGGGGCGGCUGCUGCUGCCGCUGCUGGGCCGGCUCGUGCUUGUGGGGCCGCGCCGGGCCGCGCUGCCUGGGGCACUCCAGAGAGGCUUGGGGGGCGGUGGCGCGGCUGUGGCGGCAUCUCCGCGCCUCGGCCUGGCCUACACGUGCAAGGUGUGCGGGGGGCGGGCGGCGCAGACGGUGUCGCGGGCGGCCUACGAGAGGGGGGUGGUGGUGGCCACCUGCCCCACCUGCCGGAGCCGCCACCUCAUCGCCGACAACCUCGGCUGGUUCGCCCACCUGCCCGGCGGCCGCAGGAACGUCGAGGAGAUCCUGGCGGCGAAAGGGGAGACGGUGAAGCGGGUCGUGGGCGGCCAGGAGGACUUGGAACUCUUCCUCGAGGACUCCGACAAAUCCCCGGCCCAGGCCUCGGGAAGGGCUGGAAGAGAAGCUUUGGCGCCUGGGAAAGAUCCAGAGUGAUUAGGGUGGGUUUAAAUAGUAAAAAAACCCGCUCUGAACAAUUCUAUAUGGAAAUAAUUUUUCCACACAUUUUUCUAUUCUUUUAAACAUGCAUAUUUCAUUAGAACUCAAAAUAUACAACUUACAUUGUAAAAAAA